CGUCUCUUUACAGAGGAAGGAAACUGAGAGAGACUAGAAACCUCCUCCUAGACAUAAAUCUUGAAAGUCUAAAUAAAACCCAAAUUAAUUUACCAAAUUCCAAUCAGAAAACCAGUUUCAGAUUCGCAUUUGGUCACUCGUUCUGAUCCCAAUCUGGGUCUCUCUAUCUUUUCACUGUAAAAUGCAAAAGGAACAGGCGGCGCCAAAUGAUCAAGAAGAGAACGAAGCUGAAGCUCUAGAGCUUGUUCUCUUUCAAGUGCCUGAAUGCUAUGUCUACUUGAUACCACCGAGGAAAAGUGCAGCUUCAUACAGGGCUGAUGAAUGGGAUGUAAACAAAUGGGUAUGGGAAGGGAUAUUGAAAGUAAUCAGCAAAGGAGAAGAGUGCAUUAUCAGACUUGAAGAUAAGAACACCAGUGAACUAUAUGCUCGGGCUUUUUUGAGAAAGGGGGAGCCUCAUCCAGUGGAACCUGUAAUUGAUAGCAGCAGAUAUUUUGUGCUACGUGUAGAGGAGAACAUUGAUGGUCGGCUUCGGCAUGCUUUCAUUGGCAUAGGAUUUCGAGAAAGAACAGAAGCGUAUGAUUUCCAAGCAGCCUUGCAUGAUCACAUGAAAUAUCUGGACAAAAAGAAAACUGCAGAAGAGAUGGAGCAAAAAUUUCAGCAAACUUCCUUGGUUGAUUACAGCUUAAAAGAGGGGGAGACUCUUGUACUACAAUUAAAGAACAAAAGCGCUGAAAUUGUCAAGUCCAAGGUUUCUGAGAACAACUCACCAGAGAAAAAGGCCAACCAAAAAGAGCCCUUGAUUUGUAUCAAACCACCACCACCUCCCCCAGGACCACUUUCACCGUCUACUGGUCAGAAGUCUCCCACAAACUUUCCCCCAAAUCUCAAUCUUCAGGGGGAUUCUAACCACAAAGCCUCAGAAUCAACAGAAGAUGAUUCAAAAGAAUCAAUUUCUUCUGGAAAUGAAAUCACUCAAGAUAUACCAGAUGAUGACUUUGGGGAUUUUCAGACAGCUACUUAAUAUGAAGUAUAAACUCUGAGAUGUGACAUGUUAUACUCGACUGCCUGAAUAUGUCUUUUGCCUUUGAUGGUUUGGGGUUUGUGAUGGUUUAGAUUUUAUUUACAACAAAAAUUUAAUUGAUGUGGUGUAUAUUGUUACAAACUAACUAAUGUGAAGUUACUUAGAAAGCGAAAUUGUGCCAAUCAGAAUGAUUUUUAUCUUAUUGUAGUGUA